CAGAUACAGGAACACAGCAACAAAAAUGACAAUAAGUUAAUAUCUAAGGCAACACAACGUAGACACACACAUGCACAUGUAUGUGUACACCCACACACGUACGUACGCAAACCUACAGUCCACUAUCCGAUUCUGGGUCGGACGGUUAGAUGAGCUGUGAUUAUCGUCCAACCCCUUUCGUCCCAAAAGCCCCUCCGAUUGAAUUUUUGCGCGUCGGCGACCACCCAGACGUAGCGAUGGGCGGGAGGAUAGUCGGGGACACGGCCCAGGUCCCUUUCUUUGUCAUGAAGAACACAGAAAUAAGCGUUUGUCAUCCUUGCUAGAUGCACUGAAUGGACCAGAAAACAAAGGAUUUGUUGGAUGAUGGCUUGUUAGUGGGUCCCUUAUUCUAUCAGCCAUAGAGGGAAAACCCAGAGCCCUUUCAGGUGUCCAGAAAUGGUGAACUCAUGGUGAAGGAUUGUGUUGCUGAUGGUGUAAAAUGAUCCCUUACUUCCUGUGAAGGCUCAUUCCACCUACACAUAUACUGCAGAAGUGGAAGACUGAGGCUGAAGUGCUGAUGUAUUUGUGGGUGUGAGUACUAUAGAAAAUGAGUACAGAUGUGGUUCAGGUUUCUGCAGCUCUGUUUGUGGGGUUUUAAAUGCUGAUACGAUAUACAGUUUAUUUGUUGAUUUGUUGGAUAGUGGAUUUCUGAAGAUGGUUAUUUCAGAGAAAGGAUAUACUAGGGAUUUAAAUGGACUCUUACCCCAUCAGAGAAUCAAGACACAGCCUGAAAUAUGAUCUUUCCCCUUUCUGCAUCUGCUAUUCCACUCAAUAUUGUCUUUCUGUUUAUGUAUUUCUCUCUUGAGAGGAGCAUAGAAGAAAAAAGUAGGAUUUCACUGGGUGGCUCCUUGAAGUAAUCACUUAUGUAAUUCCAGAAUCCGGAGACAUUAUUUCAUUGUUGAAAUGAGUUUGUAUCCUAUAGUUUAUGGCUAGAGUAUCUGCUAGAAGGGGAUGAAUAAAUUUAUGUUACUCACUAAGAUCUCAAAAACGUUGUACCUUUUUUCAUACUGAAAAUGUGCUGGGCUUUAGAUACAUGGAUAUGUAUCUGUAGAAUCAUAUAUCAUGGAUAUGUAUCUGUGCUGUAUCCUGAAGAGACAACUUGAAGAAAAUGCUGCCUCAGAAAAGUGUCGGUCCUUCACUGGCCUGUAGCAAAAAAGAUUGUGGAAAGAUAUACACCAAUGGUGGCUCUGUGGGCAGCUCCAGUGUCCGAGGCACCCGGUCAAAAGCAGAGCUCCAAGAGCUGAUGGAUAGCUUGCAGCGAAGGAAGGCAGCCGUGGAAGCCAGCAUACGGGCUAAUGCAGAGCGCCACCCCUACCUCAGCCUCUCCCCUCCACCUAGUCCUCAUUCCACCAAAUCACUCCUUCAAGAGCAUCCGUCCCUCUCUGUUCGUGUCCCUUCCUCCUACAGCCUCAGUAUGCCUCCUUCCCCUCGUCAUUCAGACUGUGUGACAAGCCCAGUCCACACUCACACUCGCACCCGCCACCAAUCUCAGGACAACCUUUCACUCUUUCAGUUGUUUGACAGCCGCCGUCCCAACACAGCCAGCUCCAAUCUCUCCAUGUGGAAUGGUGCCUCCUACACGUCAGAUGCUUUUAAUGUAUACCAUCGUGGCCCUAGUGGAGCUGCAAGCAUGCCCUCCAGUCCUAGGUUGGGCCGAAAGCUUCUAGCACGUGAUGGAGAUGCCAUUAAUGAUCCUCCACCUCGCCAGAGGAAAUAUUCCACUGGUUCUCUGAAUGGGUUAGGAGGACACAGUCGUUCCCUUCCCAGGUUGUAUCGAGGGGAUGCUCCUUCCCUCUCUCUGCCCCCUCGGCGCUCAUCCAGGGCAAGAUGCAGCCUCCCAUCCCUUGACCGCCCUCCAGACGUGACCGUAACAUCCCUGAGCAAUGAUCUCGGCCUCGAGAGGACGUUCUUGUUUGGGAAGGGAGGAGUAAGCCCAGGGAUGGGCCAGUGGAGGGGUAGCAUCAGUUCACUAAGCAGCAAAAAUGAGCUUCGGGAUUACCAUCAGAGACAGAGAGAUGAGAGGUUACGGGAACAGGAAGUGGAGAGACUGGAGCGUCAGCGUCUGGAAACCAUACUGAGCCUAUGCUCUGAACUGGGCAGCUCAGAAUCAGGUUACCGUGAACACAGCCCUGGUGUCUGUGCCAUAUCUGACCUGCAGAAGAUCAAUCAUGAGCUGGAGAAGCUGCAGGUUUCGGAUGAUGAGUCUGCGUUCUCUGACUUGCUCAUCGUAGUUGCUCCAGAGGAUGGCUCGGUGGUUAAGGGUAGAGGAGAGAGACAGCUACAGACCACCAACAUCCCGCGAACCACUGUGAGUUCACCCUCACCACACAUACACAACAAGACAUCAGAAGACAUGCAGAGUAAACAGGAACUGACCCGGAUAGAGGAGGAAAGGAUUCAAGUCCUCAACAACAUUGAAGAGCUGGAGCAGAAGAUCAAGGAUUUAGACACACAGUUGGAUGAGUCUAUUAGAGAGAUGGAGGUGGAGAGGGCCCUGCUGGAAGGCGAGCAGAAUGAAGAGCUCACUCUCCUGCAAGCAGAUAAGGAUUCUCUAGAGAAGCUAAAUGAAAAGAUGAGCAAAAUGGAGAAAGCCACAAAUAUCGAUAUGACCGACAAGGACAAGGCACUGUUGGAGACUGAGAGAGUUAAAGUAGAGAAGCUAGCAGAGCUGGUCUUGGAGCAGAAGAGCCAGCUGGACUCAUGUCCUGAAGCACUGAAGGAACAACUUCAGAGUCAGCUCGCCAGGGACACAGAGAUGUUGGAGACAGAAAUGAAGCGUUUUGAGGAUCUCGAGUUUCAGCAGCUAGAGAAAGAGAGCAGUCAGGCUGAAGAGAAAGAGACACAGAUCCAGCAACUCCUCCGAGAGAUUGCUGAGUACCAGCACAGCUUAAUCACACGCAAGGAGAGGCUCCUGACCUUGAAGAAACAAUCCAGUCAGAUUACCCAGCAGGCUCAGCGGGAGAAGGAGAACUUCCUCAAAGAGAGGAGCAAUCUACAUCUCAUGUUACAAAGAGAGCGACAGAAUCUUUCCACUCUGGAGAGGAAGUAUGCAGAACUGACAGGUGGCCAGACCUUCCCUCUGAAUCCUGUGUCUAUGAAAGAGCAUUUUCGCUCCAUGGAGGUAAGAAGGAGGAGUAAUAGCAAUAAAGAAGGUGGGCCUAUGCUGAACGACAGCAUUGUGUCCCAUAAAAGGGAGAGACGCAGUUCUGGAAGCUUCGGUAGUUCCACAUUGGACUGCAGCUUAUACCCUAAGUCCCAUCUGCCCCUGUCUCAGAGUUCCAGCUGUGGUAGCAUGCCCCCUCGUGCUCUCUCUCUCACCCGAAGAGACCUAGACACUCGUUGCAUGCUCAAGGCUGGUCACCUGUAUUUGAAUGACGGCAGGCAGAGGCUGAGUGAGAUAAGCAGCACCUCUAGGACCGUGUCAGAGUCAAACGUCUACUUGAACACCUUUCACCACUCGGACAAUAGUGCUAACUUUGAUACCGUCAGUGUGGAGAGUUCAGACAGCCUGGAGACAAGCAUCUCAGCCUGCUCUCCUGACAACAUCUCCAGCAGUGCCAGCAUAUCUAAUGUGGUUAAGAUAGAGGAGAUGGAGCAUCUGCUCAGAGAGGCACAGGCAGAGAAGAACAGACUCCUGGAGCACAGGGAGAGAGAAAUUGAGCAGCGCCGACAGGCUCUAGAGGAGGAGAGAAGGAGGCGAGAGGAACUGGAAAGGCGACUUAAGGAGGAGACCAACAUAAGGCAGAAACUUAUCGAAAGAGAGGUAAAGCUCCGAGAGAAGCAAAGAACACAGUCUCGUCCACUGACACGUUACCUGCCGGUUAGGAGGGAUGACUUUGACCUACGGAGUCACAUUGAGGCAGCAGGUCAUCAUCCUGACACCUGCUUUCACCUUGUUAUCACUGACAAGACAUGCCGAGGCUUUCUAGUCAAAAUGGGAGGGAAAAUCAAGACCUGGAAAAAGCGCUGGUUUGUUUUUGACCGAAAUCGCAGGACCCUGGCAUACUAUGCAGAUAAGCAUGAAGCAAAAACAAAGGGUGUCAUCUACUUCCAGGCUAUUGAGGAAGUGUAUUAUGAUCAUCUUAAGAAUGCACAUAAGAGUCCAAACCCUUCACUGACAUUCAGCGUAAAGACACAUGAUCGCGUGUACUUCAUGGUAGCGCCGUCUCCAGAGGCCAUGCGGAUCUGGAUGGAUGUGAUUGUUACGGGAGCAGAGGGUUAUUCACACUUUCUGGUUUGAGCAGCAGCUUUCUGCAGUGAUCCAUCUUGGUUUGUUUCAGCCUUUGGAAAGGACCUGCUAUUUGAGGAAACCUUUUUCUAGCUCACCUUUAUACGUGACAUUAUAUACAUUAUAAUAGGGUGGUGUGAGAAUCACAGCAAAGUAUAGAAAUACUGGUGCUUUCUUUCAGUACAGGUUUUCUAUUCAGAGGCUGAGAAAGAUAUUAAAUAUAUACAAUAUUAAAAAUAAACAAUUAUCAUAGCCAGAUCUGAUUUUUUCCCUCUAAACCUGUGUAUGCUGUCCCAUUUUUGAGUUUCAGUGUGAUGUAAUGCUGGAAACACCCUUCUGCAUGGCACCAAUAUUUUUGCUUUUGCCCUACUUUAUUCCAUUUUAGGAACAUGCUAACCAGAGACAAUGUUACCUUAUUCUAUUUUAACUACUUGUGUAUAACCUUCAAUCAUAUUUUUUCUUGUUCUUUUAAAGUGCCUUGAUUUUCCAAUAUAAGUAGGCAUGUUUUGCCUAUAUAUUUUUUAACUUUAAAAAAAGAAAUUUAUUUAAAGCUUUUUCUGAUAUAUAGGGUUUUCUUUUCAUUUGCCAGGAAUGUCUGUCAAGACAUAAGUCAAAUUUGGUGCUUUUUUAUUGCUCACAGUAAAACAGAAGCAGGAUAUAGAUCACCAAAGGCAGGACAUAGAUCACCAAAGACAUGCCUUAUUUGAAUAUCUGUAUUGCGUGAAUGCAUACAAGGUAGGCCUUAAGUUCCCAUUAAUUUUUUUCUCGCUUGUUAAUUAAAUAGGCUUUUGCUUUUCUAUUUUCCCCUGAAUUGUUAUAAUGACAAGCUAAAUAGAGCCAGUUUAUCAGAAAAUAAUACGAUCCGUUUCUGUCAUUGUUGAAGCUAAUAUUUCAGCAGCACCAGCCAUAACAGACCAUAGUAAAGGCCUGUUUCCUGUAGGCCUGUUAAAUUCAGAGGUACAGAGAAAAAGAUUUCUUUUGUUAAAAAAAGUUACCAUUGUCCUUUGAUUUAUUGGCUGUAAAAAUUCCAUAUGUCAGUGUAUUUAAUGACUGCUCUGAAGUCUUAAAAGAGAGCCAUUCUUUUGGUAUUAUUUUUAUUUUAUUAUUAGGAAAUAUAUGAGCAAUAAUAAUUAGCCCUGGUGUAGCAUCAAAAUACUAAGAAUUAGAUUAUUAUCAGGUUUAAGGUGGUGUGCAAGACAAAAUUAUCAUGACAAUGAUAAACUAUUUCAGGGUCAUUUGAUGACAGGAACAUAGUUGGAGGUCUGUUUUUAACAGGUACCAAAAUGUCAUGGAUUAUUGUCAACCCUAUAUCAGUAUUAAUUUGUACACUCGUCUUUAUCCACAAAUACAUUACAAAACGAUGUUUAUGACUGAUGAGAUUGUGGUACUUAGUUGGAUAAUAAUAUUGCAAUGGGUUUAAUGCAAGGAGGCUGCACAAACAGCAAGUGUAUCAGACAUGUACCUGUAUACUGAACAUUUGCGAGCUUAUGUCUACAAGAGAUAUUUGAACAAGCAUUCACUGUACUAGGUGUUGCCAUUGGCCUUAUCAGACUCUGAUAUGUCUCCAGUUUGAGAAAGGAAUUACCAAUAAUAGCAUACAUGUUUUUAAUUAUUUAACAUGUAUUACGAUAUUUUUGUAAUCAAUUUUAUACAUAAUUUAAACCAUUCAGUAUUAUUAAAUGAAGUAGUAGUUUUUUCAUCAGUUAGAAUGUAAUCCAUAAUAGCAAACUUCUCCAACUGAGCAUGAACAGUUUAAUUCAUACUGUACAUUAAAUUUGAGGUAAACCUGACCUUAAAGAUCUUAUUUUUUGGAAAGUUGUCCUUAUAUUUACAUUGCAUUAUAUUGCAUAAUAAAUGAUCUGUAAACAUGA